AGUAAUCGGCGAAAACUGAAAUGAGCUGUUUUGUCUUGAAGCGGAUUUAUAUAUAAAAAGCGUGUGUACCCGUUGCUUUUUUUUUAUAAUUUCAGACCAUAAUCGUUUGCUGCAGCUUCGUGGAAAAUUAUUCUCUUUCUUCCAAGAUAAUAAUCUUAAAGUGAAAUAAGAUCAAUAACUAUGUUGGAGAAAGAGUUUUUCACGGAGUAUGGUGAAGCAAGCCAAUAUCAGAUCCAAGAAGUUGUGGGCAAAGGAAGCUACGGAGUUGUUGCUUCUGCGGAAUGUCCUCACACGGGAGGCAAAGUUGCCAUCAAGAAGAUGACCAAUGUCUUUGAACAUGUCUCAGACGCUAUCCGUAUCCUCAGAGAGAUCAAGCUUCUCAGGCUUCUUCGUCAUCCUGAUAUCGUCGAGAUCAAACAUAUCAUGCUCCCUCCUUGCCGCAAGGAAUUCAAAGAUAUCUAUGUUGUUUUUGAGUUGAUGGAGUCUGAUCUUCACCACGUUCUUAAGGUAAAUGACGACCUCACUCCUCAGCAUCAUCAAUUCUUCUUGUACCAACUUCUUCGUGGCUUAAAAUUCAUGCACUCAGCGCAUGUGUUCCAUAGAGAUUUGAAGCCUAAGAACAUCCUCGCUAAUGCUGAUUGCAAAAUCAAGAUCUGUGAUUUAGGACUUGCUCGUGUCUCCUUCACUGAUUCCCCUUCUGCUGUUUUCUGGACUGACUACGUUGCUACAAGAUGGUACCGUGCGCCAGAGCUCUGUGGUUCCUUCUACUCUAACUACACUCCGGCGAUUGACAUGUGGAGCGUUGGCUGCAUAUUUGCCGAGAUGCUAACUGGAAAACCCUUGUUUCCUGGCAAAAACGUGGUGCACCAGCUAGAACUCGUCACUGAUCUGCUUGGAACGCCGUCGCCGAUAACUCUAUCCAGGAUUCGGAAUGAGAAGGCUAGAAAGUAUUUGGGUAACAUGAGGAGAAAGGAUCCUGUUCCUUUCACCCAUAAAUUCCCCAAUAUCGAUCCUGUGGCGCUGAAGUUGCUUCAGCGUUUGAUCGCCUUUGACCCAAAGGACCGUCCCUCUGCAGAAGAGGCAUUGGCUGAUCCGUAUUUUCAAGGAUUGGCAAAUGUAGACUACGAACCCUCGAGGCAACCUAUCUCGAAACUCGAGUUUGAGUUCGAAAGGAGGAAAUUGACUCGGGAUGAUGUGAGGGAGCUCAUGUACCGAGAGAUUUUGGAGUAUCAUCCACAGAUGUUGCAAGAGUAUUUACAAGGAGAAGAGAACGUCAACUCUCAUUUUUUAUACCCGAGCGGGGUUGAUCAGUUCAAACAAGAGUUUGCCCGACUCGCAGAACACGAAGACGAUGAAGAGGAGCAUAACUCUCCACCACAUCAGAGAAAGUACACGUCACUCCCUAGAGAACGGGUGUGCUCAUCAGAAGACGAAGGUUCUGAUUCGGUUCAUACCCAAACGUCUUCGUCAUUAGUGGUGGUUACACCUCCACAGACUCCAAACACAGCAACUGGGUUAUCGUCACAGAAGACAACAAAAGUAGACAAAGCAGGAGCAACUCCGGUAAAACGGUCUGCAUGUCUAAUGAGGAGUGAUAGUAUCUGUGCAUCCAGAUGUGUGGGUGUCUCCUCUGCAGUGUCUUAGUAAAAAAAAAAAAAAAAUUGAUACUCAAGUUGUUUAGCAGCAAACCAUUGAUUGUGUUCUGCCUAUUCUGUAUGAUGAUGUUGUCUCUCUGAGUUUUCAUGUAACUCUCUUCUUCUUCUUCUUCUUCGUCUUCAUUGCUCUCUAGCAGUCUCUCUUGUUCUCUGUUAUAUUGGAAUCUCUCUAUGUAAUGGUUUCUCUUGGAACUUGAAAAUUCACCAUAUUUGUUUACCCUUUAGAACCA